AUGCUGUCGUCAAACCCUACUUCCUGCACAUCUCCCAACUCUGACAAGGAGAAUCCAAGUAAAAUGGUCCAGUGGGCUUCUGGGAGGAGGAGGACAUCAUCCACAGACUCAGAGUCAAAGCCGCACCCUGACCCCUCCAAAGUGCCCAGGUCCCGGAGAACCAGCCGGCUAACAGUGAAGUACGACCUGGGGCAGCUCCAGCGCUGGUUGGAGAUGGAGCAGUGGGUGGACGCACAGGUUCAGGAGCUCUUCCAGGAUCAACCAGCCCCUUCCCAGCCUGAGAUUGACCUGGAGGCUCUCAUGGAACUAUCCUCAGAGGAGCAGAAGACUCAUUUGGAGGCCAUUCUCCAAAACUGCCCCCGCCCCACAGAGGCCUUUAUCUCUGAACUACUCAGUCAACUCAAGAGACUCUGGAGACUCAGCAGGCCUCAGAAAUAA